GAAGCGCGAUCUUUCAAGAGGACCGCCUUUCAGAAGAUUGGACAGCUGCUCAGCUGGCGUCUCGAAUCCCCGCGACAAAAGAACUCACCGACUAUGGCAACACUAUCACCGAACAAGAUGGUGAACAUACCGAAAAUCGUGCUCAAAUCCCAGACGCGACUCACUCUGAACGAAAGAUUCACCCAGUUCGCGGAGCAGCAAGAAGCUCGGCUUCAAAUGCUGAAGAAUGACCUCCGGACGCGAUUGGUCGAAGAGUCUUAUGAGAAUGGUUCUCACGACAGUGCGGAACUUUCGGAAAAGCUGGACGAGCUGACGCGCGACAUCGACAAUCCGGAGAGGCGAGCGACCCUUCUCUCCAAGAAAAAACAUCGACCGAAGGAAAACCGCCGUGCUCAUGAUCCCCAAGGAGCUCGGGAAGAGCCGAUCGUUCCUGCAUACCGUUCGCUACUAUAUGACAGUGGAGAGCGAAACGAUCGAGUCAGGAAACAGAGGCGUAAGGACUCGCGACUUGUCACAUACGGGGACGUUCUCAGUGGCGACAACGGAGAAGGAGAGGUUUCGCAUUGGCGAGCGGAAGCUCUCAGAGGAGUCAAGCCUGCACAUUUUCCCUAUCAGACCAAGCAGAAAUACGUCAACCCUUUGAUGCGUGACUCGGACGAUGAGACCACUGGAGGCGAAGGGGGGGCUAGCGGCGCUCCAGUCCAUUCUCGGCUCGGUGUGAAACAAUCUGGACGACUGAAGGGUGGUGUUCACAAGAACCGACCGAUUGCAGCAAGCUCUCGACGCGGAGGUGAAAAGCUGAGCAAGCAUGUUGGGGGGUCUUCAGCGACCCGACAUGCGGUUACCAAAGAAGAUCUGGAUCGAGAACUCGAUGAAUACCGGCAGAGGGGCAGCGUGAUGGAUGUUGAAAUGGGGGAAGACUGACUCGUCCCUGUCUCAGGCGGAUAUAUUGUGAACGCUGCGAGCUACGAUUAAUUCUGAGAGAUUGGUGUAAGCGACGUUUUCAAACUCUGUAGAUUUUGUACGUGGUGUAUUUGUGUUCAAGUCGAAUUCGUUUGAUUUGAAGUCCUUCUGUGUGGACCUAGACUCACUGAGUAAGCGACAGUCGACCAUCGAAAUGUAUAAAUAU